AUGCAGCGCGUGCCGGCUCCGUCGAUGGAGGCGAUUGACGCAUACGUCAAGGAGCUGCAGCUUGGCAGCGAUGGCAGCGCACGUGCCCCGCCACUGACGGUGGAGAACAUUCUUUGCAAGGUGUACGCGAAGUUUUAUAAUCAGCGCGGCCAGGCCCCGUUUCCAGACGGACUGCCCUUCUCUUUGAAGCAGGUACCGUCACUUGCCUCUGUGGCGGUGCUGCAAUCUCGCGUCACGGCAAUGCUGCAGAGCGCCGUGGCGACGCGGCCUGUAGUGACGUUGCAUGAGCUGCAGUCAGAGGUGUGUCUCACGGAGAAUGUCAUGAUGUACGCUGAACUCGGCCUGGGCUGCUCCCUCGCGGCGUUGCCAUGCGUCCAGCACAUGUUUGGCGUUCGGGUCGACACCAACCUCGCCCCUGUUACGAGCGCCGAGUUCAUGCAGUUUCUUCUUUUCGACGCAGGCGCCCAAGGGGUGUUGACGGGCGGCGGAGACGCCGGGGAUGCCGUACGCGCCUUCUCGCGUUGCUACAAGGACGGCAAGUACACCAGCAUGCAGCUGGGCAUUCACAUUCAGCACUUCCCCUGGCUACUGCGGUUUGUGCGCCAGGAGGUUGGGCGAACCUCGGCCUUUUUCUCCGAGCUCUGGAGAAGCAACGCGUGGUGCCGCGAACGCAACAGCGUCAUUUACGAACGUGUUGCGGAAUCGCUGCACACGGAAUUUGUGUCCCGCUGCAAUGACGCAGGGAGGCAAUCUCCGCAUGAGGUGAGAUUUGUUGUGCGUGCCUCUCCUGUGGAGCUGCAGGGAACGGACAUCCCACCGGAUAUGUGGGGGGCGUGUAACGGCCCAUCGGGAGGGGUCUUGCUGCAUGGAACGCUGCGGGCGGAGCCUUUUCCGUCUUCCGUGCACCUCCCACACGGCACGCACGCCCCGGCAGCAGCCGAGGUGCAACACACGUUGCCCAUGUCCAUUAGUUUACCCUCUGCCCCGGCUUUACCUCAGCCUCCUCCUGCUUCCUCUACGGCGGCGGCAACUGCGAUGGCAACAGGAGCACAGCAAGCCAUGCCAGCAAUGGUAACCUCUUCGCACUCGAGAAAGCGACGUCGCGGGACAGUCGUGGAGGAGCGGACGGAAGUGUCGGAUGAUGUGUCUUUGUCCUCUUUGAAUUAUCAUCACCAUCAGCAGCCGCAGCAGCACGCGGGAAAUGCGUGCGCAUCAAAUGCGGGAGUGGCAGCGGCGUCCGCGUCGUUGUCGACCCCGGCGGAACUGCCUCCUAUUCCUCUCGAGAAGGCCUUGUCGAUAUUGCGAUGCUUAGCGGCGAUGCAAUCUGUGACUGCUGCCGUGUCUUUUGCCACGUGUGAUGACUUCGCCGUAUUUCGGAGUUAUGCCUCCAAACUGUUGCCCCGCCUACGGCGCGGAGAAGGGGCUGCGGAGCAGUAUGGUGGAGCCUCGGCGGUGGGAAGGGAUCCUUUUUCGGUUGACGUGGAUACCAUUUUGCGUCUGCUCUCUCAUAAAGAGGUGUUCGACGGGUGGUGUGCGUUCCACAGGGCCAUAGGGGCCCACACGAAGGGCUCUGACGGGCCCGCGGAUGCGGCUGCUGCUUCCCCGGGCCGGGUGCUAAUGCAAUGCCUUGAAUCGGGGUUGCCCGAGUUGAUGUUCCUGCCGCUCGUGGCGACGCGAUCGUUGUUGCCCCUGUCGGCAGCACGGGGUGUUCUUUCCCAGCGUGUUCUCUUGUCAGGAUGUCACGCAUCGGAGAAUCUUCUUGUGUUUCAUCCGCUGCAGUAUAUUCUUGAUUUACAACUCGGGGGCGGAGAGGGCUGUGCGUUGGCGAUGCUUGACGGCGAGGUUCUACUGCGCGGGCUGCAUGAUUCAGACUCUCAGCACGUGCUACACGACCUGCUAGCGACUCUUGGGGACCAUGGAGUGUUGACGUCUGUGCCGGAGUGCUGGUUGUGUGAGGGGUUUCUGCUGCGGCUUCUGCAGCCUCAACUACGAGACUACUUUAACAGAGCAGUGCGCACAGAGGCGGAGGAGUGUCACAUGGCUCUGCGCAUGCUGCUGCUGUAUUGGUGGCUCUUGGGGGUGUGGUGUACGGCGCCCCCGUCGUCGCGGAUGGCUGCCGGGGUUGAAGACAUUCUGCAGAGUCUGCGGGACGUGGCUUGGCUGCCCGCCCUGUCACGCCGUGGCGGCGACAGUGAUGCGGGGAACUCUGCCCUGCGGAUCGAGUGCUGGCGCGCACCCUCCGAACUAUUUCCAGCUCUUCCAUGCUUCACACGCAGUGGUCUGUUAGAGGUGUUGCAUUUUGCCCCUCACGACAUGCGCGACCUUCUCUCUCUCUCCAAGCAGCACGCUGACAGCAGCUCGUUGCAGCAUAUGCAUCGGUUUCUUGGCGGGUGGAUCGACGUGGUGCAGGCGGGCAUGGCGGAUAUUUCUGCGGAGGCGUUGCCCCGCCUCAUGGGUAUGCCUGUGGCUUACACGGCCGCCGUCGCUUUGCGACUGCUACGCUCGCUGCGGGUGGGGAGCCGCAUCUCACUCGCCACAGUGCGGUGCCUCCUGCACCGCCUUUCUCACACCGAAGAGGAGGAGGGGGAUGUUCUCCUCGACGCAAGGCGGCUGCCGAUCAUACCACUCCCAACGACGCGUGUAGGGCUGGACGUGAAUGGGGAAUUUGUUGUGGGCGAGAUGGCGACGUGUGCGACGCUGUGCUGGGAGCCGCUUCCGGGCGCGGACGGGGCGUGUGUGCUCGACCGCUCCAUUGCUUUUGUCGGCGACGACCUUCGCGAGUUCGCCGUUGGUGGCUUGCGCGUCUCCCCCGUUCCGUCGGUGGCAACCUGGUGGGCGGCGGCGCGGGCCUGCAGACGAGGCAUUGUGGCCGGGUCUGGAAUGAGCGCGUCCCUCACUGGGUUGCUUCUGCGGGUCCUGUCUCACUCCUGCACGGCGCAUUACAGUUAUCUCCAGAAAGAGUUUGAGGAGCAGCACCCAGAGAGUCGCGGCAGCGCCGGCCAGGAGGCGCUGAAGGGGGUUGUAGGCCUUGUGGCAGACACGGCCCGGGCGGAGUACGUGUUUCCUCUUCACGGCCGUUGGCGAAGUCCGGCGGAGGGGUUGUUCUACUGCGGUCCAUACUACUGCGGCUUCUCUGGCCUUGCACUCAGAGUUUCUACGCACCCUGGCGCUUGCGCCGCUGAGAAUGAUGGCGACGCCGCUGGCGCGGACACGACGCCCUCGCUGCCUGUGCUUGCAUUUGCGCAACAGCCGCAUCACGUUGUUUCUGCCGUGCUGCAGAAGAUGGGUCUUGUGGCGUUAGAGGACUGUACGGAGAAGAUUGUGACGUUUGACCGGAUGAAUGCCGCUCACAGCGCACAGCUGCACAGGAAAAUUGCCGACUGUGUCCCGCGUGUGCAGGAGUUUUUGCGGACGCACCACCCGCACUACUACGCCCUUGUGCAUUCCCAGGUUCGGCAUGCCUUGGAGCAUUUCAGCACGGUGCUCGCGGCGGAGCCAGUCGUGCGGGAGAUGCUUCGUUUUCAAGGGCAGACAUACACCAUGACGCGUACCGUGCGCUGCUGGUACGUGCAGCAACACAACUGCCUCUACGGCGUCGAUGAGGAAUUUGUCCCGUCCCUUGAGGCCGACGCGAUUGCGGAUGUGUUUCUUCCUUUGAUGGAUGCGGAGGUACGGCGGGGGCUGACAACGGCCCUGCAGCAGUGGCUGCGGGACGCCAACCUGUGCUUCGCCGACGACACCCCGUCAGCUCCGUGCCCGCAGACGACGACGACGGCGGCGGCGGCGGCAACGGCAUCCUCGCCCUGGGAGGAAACUUGGCAGCUCUCGGCGGCGCCGUCUGCACGCUUCCGUGACCACUUUCCCUUUGGAAGGGACGGCUUUAGCCCCACAGGGGGGCGGAGCGGAGCGGCGGCGGCGGCCUCGCAAGCCUCACACACGCCGCGCCUGAAGGUGCUGCCCUGGGGCGACGGCGGCCACAUGGCCCGCUCGCUGCCGCAGUGGCGGUGCGACCUCUUCGACUCCGCCCACGACUUGCUGCGCGGCAUGGAGCGCGGCCGCGGCGGGGCCGAGGGCGACGCGGCGGAGGAGGGCGCGGCCGACACGGCGAAUGCGUCUGCCCGCGGGCGGGGGCGGCGUGGUGGGCGGCCUCAGCGCGGCGCCCCUGCGAUGGUGGUGCAGGAGCCGCGGGAGACGGCCGACUACGCCGUGGCGGCGGAGCGUUUUGUCGCGGAGAAGUUGCGGGCGGAGGCGGCGCCCGGCGUUGAGGUUGUGUGGGUCAACGAGCACGGCGAGCACGGCACGCCGUACGACAUUCUGCUUGUGCGGCGCGUCGUGCGCGACGCCGCGGCCUCCACCUCAACGGAGAUUUUGGCGUACGUGGAGGUGAAGAGCACCUGCACGAACGCGCGCCGGGACUUUGAGAUGUCGCUGCGGGAGUUGCUUUUCGCCGCGCGCUUCGGUCGGGCGUACAAAAUUUACCGCGUGUUCCGCGCCUCCACAAGCGCGAUGCGGCAGAUGCAUGUGGAGGUGCUAGAGGACGUGGUGAGGCUGUGGCGCACCGGCGCCCUCACAAUGACGGGUGACGUGAAGGUCCUGCUGGCGCCGGGCACUUAA